CCGACUGGAUAUCCAGGAGGGCCGUACGAUACAUCUCUUUUGGUGAAGUACGAGCAUCAUGUUGCUCGACAUAUAUGGUUCGGUGAGGAAAGAGGACCAAAGAAAGAGUUGAAGGUUGCCGGACAUGGACUGAAGUUGACUUCUAGGGUUCCAUUGGCUCUUCCACCACAAAUGGAGAGUUGGGUAUCUAGAUCCGGUUUAGCUUCACUGCAGAGAACGAGUCUGAACAAGAUAGACACAAAUCUUGUCUCUGCAUUUAUGGAAAGAUGGCAUCUAGAGACAUCUUCAUUUCACAUGCCGUUUGGUGAAAUGAGCAUUACUUUAGAUGAUGUCGCAUGUCUACUUCACUUGCCCAUUAGGGGUAUCUUUUGGAGUCCUCAGGAUGUGACUGAAGAGCUAGCUGUUGAACUUGCUGUUGACUACCUAGGAGUGUCACAGGGUCAGGCACAGUCACAUGUUCGGAGCUGCAGGGGGUCGUAUUACAAGUUGGAGUGGUUAUAUGAUAUAUUCGUACAUCAUAGGGCUGCUUCCAGCUGGGCAUAUGCGACUAGAGCAUAUCUAUUGAUGUUGGUGGGUUCCACCAUAUUUGCUGAUAAGACCUUUACACUUGUAGAGGCACGAUACCUCCUCCUGUUUAGGGACUUGGAUGGAUGUUCAGGAUAUAGUUGGGGAGCAGCUGCACUAGUUACCCUCUACCGAUAUCUUGGAGAUGCGUCCAUGUACAGUUGCAAACAGCUAGGUGGAUAUCCUACUCUCCUACAGUGUUGGAUUCACGAGUCUUUUCCAACUGUUGGAAAAAGAGGGGAGAAUUGGAAUCCUGCUGGAAACUGUGGUCUUCCCCGAGCGAUGAGAUGGUCGUAUAGACAGGGAGUCCUGAAGGUCGAUGAUUUACGACCUAUUUUGGACGAGCUGACACCUACCGACGUCAUCUGGCGACCAUUUGAGGAUCAUAGAGCAUGGCGUGUAUUUGAUGAGAUAUGUCUUUACAGGGGCUGUUUGAAGUGGGGUGAAACAGUUGUUCCAUACUUGCCUGAUAGAUGUUUACGUCAGUUCGGGUAUAGUUACCAUCAGAGUGUUGUCGAUGUGAUCGGUUCAUCUUCCGUGGCCACCACUCCAUCUGAGAUUCAACCCUAA